AGGAGGAGCAGAGAUUUUCACUGAGUAACCACCAUCCCUGUGUGAUCUCCUCUAACGGGAGAACUGAAGUGAUGGCGGGUUGCGCGGAGGAUUCGUGGAUUUUCGCUUGACAGGCACCAGAAUCUUCAGUUGGAUUAGUUGAUUGUUUUAUUUAUGGGGGAUUUGCAUUUACCUACUGAAAAAUGCCUUUUGCCAAACGGAUCGUUGAGCCCCAGCUGCUGUGCAGACAUGCCAUCCCUAAUGAUGAAGGGAUACUGUUCGAGGAUCUGUGCUCCAUCACCAAUGUGGCUCUAUCCCGGACCCUGCGGCAGCUCUCCGACCUGUCCAAACACGCCUGCUCCUUAUUCCAGGAGCUUGAGAACGAAGUAGUCUCCACAAACCAACGGGUUUGGGCUUUGCAGAACAAAAUAGGCAAAAUCCAGCAAACCGCCAGUGCGCUGGAUCCAAAACUGGAGGCUGUGCCCGUAUCAAAUUUGGACAUUGAGAGUAAACUAACAUCACACUAUCAGACUCCAUGGCAUCAACAACGCAACCUGUUCCACACUUGUACACGGCCACAAUGUCUGGAAGAGUUACACCGACAUGCCAAGCUCAACCUGCGGGCACUGCACAGAGACCAGCAGCAGCGUCAGCGUUCAACCAGCAGAGAGCGGGGUCGGGUCACCGUAUCAAUAUCUGUGGCGCCGCCUAUGCCAACCUUCCCUUCAACUCACAAACUCAGAAAGCGGGAGCAGAGGGGCCGGCACUCACGCCUGGAGAGGAGUGUUAGAGAGAGUGAUGUGCAAAACAUCCAGAGGAAGGAGAGACCAGCCAAAGAGGCUGAAUUCAAACCCGUCCUCAGAAAGUAUCAGCGCUCCCGUUCCUCCUCCCCUGUUCAGUGUUGUUACUUCAUUCCCUGGAUUAGAAAGACUGGAACCAACACAGAAACAGAUGGUGAAUUGCCAGUGAUGAGCCAUAGGCCUAAAUGUCCUGUUCCCAAUGUACCUACCACCCUGGACAAAAAGACCAACUGGUCCAAAGCCCUGCCUCUUCCCAUGCCAGAAGAGAGAAUAAAGAAUGACUCUCAAGUGAUUUCAUCCUGUAUCAUUCCAAUAAAUGUUUCUGGUGUUGGAUUUGACAGAGAAGCCAGUGCUCGCUGCUCUCUUGUUCACUCACAGUCAGUUCUACAGAGACGCCGGAAACUCAGGAGGCGAAAAACGAUCACUGGCAUCCCCAAACGAGUUCAACAAGACAUGGAUUCUGACGAAUCACCUGUGGCUAGAGAGAGAACAGUGAUCAUCCAUGCCAACCCACACAAGUCAUUGUGGCAUGAGGAGCUCUCUUUGUGUGGCCGAGUAUUGAACACCAAGGACUCUGGCUGUCAGACUGAUGACUUCUUGAUUGCUGCUCCAUCCCGGAGGCGUAUCCGUGCCCAGAGGUGUCAGGGAAUUCCAGCCUCUCUCUCACACUCCACUGGAAACAUCACCUCCCUGCCAGAUCGCUCUGAUACUGUGUAUGCUGCAGCAUCAGCCACUCGUGUCCGUUCUAGAAGUCUACCACGUGAGGGUGGCCGGCUUCUGGAUGAGGACCAAGAUGACAGUGAUGAUGAUGAUGAAGAAGAUGAUGAUGAAGAUGACGAAGAGGAAGAUGAAGAACUCUCUCCGUAUGAAGCUGAGGACUUUUUACCAGGUCCAGGACAGAGAAUUCUGAAGGAUGAGGAGGAGAGCACUGAUGACCAGGCCAUGCCAGAGCUUCAAUUUGGAAGCCUCAAGCGCAUGCAGCAUUCGGAGAGCCCUGACCACACAUGGAUUGAGAGAGGCAGAUCUAGACUCCCACGCAAAGUUGACAUGGGGAGCUGUGAGAUUUCCUCCAGCUCUGAUACUUUCAGCAGCCCCAUCCACUCUGCCUCCACUUCAGGAGUGCUAGGCAGUCAGAUGGACCAUAAAGAGGAUCACCAGUCAUCAAGCGGCAACUGGAGUGGAAGCAGCUCCACUUGCCCAUCGCAGACGUCUGAAACUCUUCCGCCUGCUGCCUCUCCUCCCCUGACUGGAUCCUCACACUGUGAUUCAGAACUCUCCCUCAAUACUGGAUCCCAUGUCAUUGAUGACACCACCGGCUUCAUAAUUGAUCCCUACCACAUUGACAAGCCACAAGGACAGGGGCAGCGGUCCAAUUCUUUUACCUCAUCGGCUACUGAUCAGAUGGAUGAUGCAGGGGUCAGUACUGCUAGUGAUGGUGAGUGGAACAGCACCCAGGACCAGCGGGAUCAGCCCUGCCCCCAAGACUUCAGCCCAAAGCAUUCCAGAGAGGAUGAGAGUGGUGUCAGCUGCCCCAGUUAUUCAAGUGGGGAAACUUACGAGAGUUUCAGUGACCAAGCAUCCGCUAGAAAAUCUGAGAUGCACUACAUCGUUGACACUGAAGGAUUUUAUUCCUCCAUGCACUUUGACUGUGGUCUUAAGGGUAGCAGAAGCUACUACAACUAUGCAGCCAUUGACCCUGACUGUGACCCAAGUGGAAAUAUAGCACCUGGCAUGGGUGAAUACACUCAGUCAGAGUAUAGAGCAACCAGGACACUCGGUAGACCAUGUCUCUCCUUAAAAAAACCAAAGGCCAAGCCACCCCCACCAAAACGUAGCUCUUCAUUAAAGGAAACAAGCAGUGGUGUGAACAUUCUAGAGCAGGACGAACCAAAGAUUACUUGUGAGUUGCCGCUGCCCUUGUCUUCCAGGGAGAUGAAACUGCAGCUGGACUUGGCUGAUUCUGCAGGGCACCUUGACACUGCAGGUCUUGAGUCACUUGGCGCAUGGGGAGUGGAGAAUGUCAGGGACAUGCUUGACUGCUCCUCUCCAUUCAGUUCCUCAGACACACAUUCGUUCAAGGAUGAAGGUGCUGUGCAAGCUGACUAUGCAGACCUCUGGCUCCACAAUGACUUGAAAUCAAAUGACCCUUACCGGCCUCUGUCCAACUCUAGCACUGCUAUGGGUACAACUGUUAUUGAAUGCAUCAAGUCACCAGAAUGUGCAGAAAUGCAAGCCUGUCAACCCAGGUCCAGACCUACUUCUCCAACUCUUCCUCCACCUGAAGGUGACUUCAAGCUGGUUUCCCCUGAAAAGUUGGUGAGCUUGGCAUCCCCUUCCAGUGGAUAUUCUAGUCAGUCGGAAACACCUACAUCUUCCUUCCCCUCCGCUUUCUUCCCAGGGCCCCUGUCUCCAACCAGUGGCAAAAGGAAACCCAAAGUCCCUGAAAGGAAGUCCUCACUUUGUUCCCUACAACAGCCACAGCUUUCAGUCCGAGACCCAGGCAUUUCCUCCAGGAGGGAAACUGACUUCCAUGCCAUACCCCCCAGUCACCUUGACCUAAGUGCUCUUCACAGCAAGCACUUUUCUCACAGAAAUCAGAUGCACAUCCUCCACCAGAAUAAGCAGAAAGCCGCCAUAGCUGCGGCUGCGGCUGCAGAAGCUCGCACUGCAGCUGCCGCCGCUGCUGCAGAGGCUCGCACUGCAGCUUCUACUUCAGAGAGUGCAACAAGCACAGUACCCAGCUCAGCCCAUUUGGCCAUCACUCCAACUGUUCUUAGAUCAGUCCAACUGCGAUCUAUUUGUAGAUUAGCUGAAGGGAACCAAGGGUAUGAUCUGGUCAGUGCAAAUCCAGUAACUCGUCCCAAGUGUCCCACAGUAAUAACUGAUGCCCCAUCCUCUAGCAACAGGCACAACAGGAAACCACCAGCCUACAAACCCCCUGCGGCACAGAUCUGUGAAUCACAGGUACCACCGGUGGAAAAUGUUGUUCUUCCCCAGGAGGAAGUGAAAGUGAGACAGGAGAGGCUUGGUCCUGGUACUUACUGGGCAAUGACUGCUUUCAGAACUCCUGUAGGCCCUACUCCUGAAAAAGAAGACUCUUCGACAAGGUCAUCUCAAGGUCCUGAGCAAGAACAAGACAUCAGAAAGUACCCAGAUGUGCAACUGACAUUGUCACCAGAGAGACUAAAACAAGAUCUAAAUCAGCUAUCAUGGUCAGACCCUUCAGCACAGCCCAUGUGUUCGGCCAGCACAAUGCUGCCCCCAGCUUACAGUGAUAUACAGAGGAGCAAUUUUGUACUGUGCAACAGCCCUGACAAAGUGCCUGUUUCAACUCAAGAGGCAUCGCACACUUACACAAUCAGCGAUGUACAAGGCCGAGAAGAGGAUUAUGAGACAUCAGGUGUCACAACCAGAAGUGCCUCACAGGACAUAAGGGAAGAAGAAGAAGGGUCGACCCCGGACACAGAGGACUACUUCAGCAAAGAAUCAACUCCCAGUGACAAUUCAACCUCUCCUUUGACUGAUGACUCUAAACCUGAUGAUGAUAAUGCUUUCCCAUCCCCCAACAAACUACGCACAACUGAAGAUCUGUUUGCCAUGAUACACAGAUCUAAAAGGAAAGUGCUGGGACGUAAAGACUCGGGGGAGAUGAGUGGAAAAAGUCGGCCUGGAGUAGCACCUGCAACCGCCCCAGUCAGCUAUCCUACUGUAUGCCCGGUCACCCCUGCUGCCUCAGUCCCUUCAAACAGCUCUCAGCGAGCCUCAGGACCCAUCUACAGGAGUGCCAAAAAGUCCAGUACAUCCAGUGAGGAGUUCAAACUCCUGCUGCUAAAGAAGGGUAGUCGCUCAGACUCAAGUUACCGCAUGUCUGCUACGGAGAUCCUCAAGAGCCCCAUCACACCCAAGACUCAAGAAGAGCUGCUAUUAGAGGCUGCAAGGCAAACAGAGGAGCCCCCCUUACCCCUCCAGGAGUCCACUAGCAGUGGAGAUCCACUUCCAAGCCAAUUCCCCUCCAGUGAAGGAUUCUCCCCAAAAACACUUACCAUGUCAGCUGCCUCCAGACAGGGACGUUCCAGAAUUCCACCUGCGGCAAACAGCAGUCGCUAUAGCACGCGGAGUCGGCUGUACACUGCCCCAAUGCAGGCCAUAUCAGAGGGAGAGACUGAGAACUCAGAUGGAAGUCCACACGAUGAUCGCUCCUCUUAGUGGUAUAAUCAUUUUUUUUACCACUUAGCAAAAUUAUAAAUAUUUUAUAAUACAAAAACAUUCUAUUUGAACUGUAUGAGAGUGCUGUAUACAUUAUGAUCUAUCUUAGUUUUAACCCCUGAUGUUUGUGAUUUGAAAAAACACAUUGAUUUCUUUAAACUCCUUUUGUAUUACGUUUUAUCAUUGAGAGCUAUGAUUUUCAUCAUAAUCGCACACUUGUAUGCUCACAAAAUGAGAAGGUGAAAUUAGUUCUUCAACAAGGUAUUGAAAGGUAACUUUUUAAUAUAGAAAAUUCUAUUUCCAUCAUCCAUCACAAAUUUACACAAAUAUGUGGAUGCUUCUCUAAGGACAAUCGCACCAUGGCCAUUCUUAGCAGGGUGUGCAAGGGGAAAGAUUUCUGAGAAAAAGAAAGCUAGAACUGUUAUGAACAUGGUUCUAGUAGACUGGUUUGCAAAACCAUCAGUUCUUUUGCUCUUAAUUUGGGUAAUUAUACCUUGAAAUAUACAACCUGGAUGUACUGUUAAAUAACAAGGCAAGUGGACAAAGUUAUCCAGUUUUAGUUUAGUGAAAUGUAAUGGAACGUACAGUAUGUGUGUUUUUCAGAAUCUUCAUGCUGUCUGAAUCUCAAACUGUCAAACAGCAUUCCAACAACUGUUACGAAAACUAAUUUAAUCCUUUUUACCCGUGUUUAGUUUGCCUUUUCUUCAAAGACCCAAAUUGGGUUGUGUAUUUUUGUCACAAUUUUCAGGUGUCAUCAUGUAUAUUUACUUAACCAACCAACAUGGAAGAUUUCUGUGACUGCAUAAGAAAUGAGGACCUCAAUCUCAAUGUAUUCUGUGAAUACCCUUAAAAUCAAGUGUACUGUUCAUUUGAAGAAGAAUGGAUUCACUUUUAAAGUGAAACUCCUCAGAGUUGGAGGUCUUCUCUGAGUUCAAAACUCAUAGGAAUUAGCUAGAUUUGUCAAGCCUACACUGUGCCACUGAAGGGAAGGUGACAUGCUGUGAAAAGAUCGAUUUUUGGUCAUCCGUCUCUGAAGAACGCUCUUUCACUGUGGCCAUAAUUCAGUUUCUUCAUCCUUUGUACAGCAUGCAAUAAAACACCAGAACAUGUCACAUCUCCACGUAAAAUGUAUGUCCACCUUCACUUGAAUUUGUUGAGUAUGUGCUCUGUUCAGUAAGUGUACAAAAUGUGUGGGAUUUGUUGAAAUUUGCAGUUUUACAUCACUGUAUACACAGUUUGAGCUCUUUCCUGUAAGUGGAGAAACUGGACAAUCUAAUCUAAUGAAGCACUAUUUGUGUACAGCCGAGUUUUGAAAGAACAGACUGAGGCAUAAAUACGGGGCCAUUUUAUUUAAAUUAUGAUAGAAUUAUAUUUAGGGAUUAAUGUAAUGUCAUACUGAUUUAUAUCUCAAUCUCUGGGAUAUAGAUAAAAUGACUGCGAGAAAGCAGCAGUGGUUCAUUGCUCAUCUGUAUAUUUAUAGAUGAUUGACAUAAUAUUUCAGCCUUUAUUCUGAACUGUCAUUGAUUUGUCGUGUACUGUACAAGAGGUUUGAGAAUUUGAUUUUUUUUUUAUACCGGUAGAGAAACCUUCCAGGAUAUUCUGAGACACUAACAGAACUAACAGAUAUUUUCUCAUAAAGUAGGAGCUGCAGUGUGCCACGUCUUAUUUCUCCUUUAAUACAACCCUGUCUAAUGGUUGUCGCAAUUAGCUUUGCUUUAUAACUACAGAAUUUUGGAAGUACAGACUACUUUUUUUCUCCUUUGUGUCCACGUACUAGAACUAAAUCUAUGAAAUCUUC